AUGGCCCCAGAUUUCAAAACACCACCACCUCCGACCUCAGUCGUGACAAUUGAGUUUCCCGAAAAGCAUGUACUUCUCGUUACCAUAAAUCGCGAGCGUGCGAUGAAUGCCAUUCCCAUGGCCGGCCACUGGGAGGGUGAGGCGUUGUGGAGGUGGUUCGACAACGAGCCAAGCUUGCGAGUUGCGGUCGUGACUGGCAAGGGCCAGAAGUCCUUCUCAGCUGGUGCAGACCUCAUCGAGCAGAAUGACCGCAAGAAGUCGGCCAACGCCAAAGUCCCGCAACACAUGCCUCCCGGGGGCUUCCUGGGACUUAGUCGACGCCGCGGGCUGAAGCCAGUCAUCGCGGCCGUGAAUGGAUUCGCCCUUGGAGGAGGCUUUGAAAUCGCGCUCAACUGUGAUCUGGUCCUGGCUUCGCCAACCGCGAAAUUUGGCCUGACCGAGGUGAAACGGGGUUUAUAUGCGGCUGCGGGAGGCUUACCCCGAGUUGUCAAGACAUUUGGGAUGCAACUGGCUGCAGAGAUCGCCUUGACGGGACGUAUGCUUACCGCGCAAGAGCUCCAGCAGUACGGGUUCCUACGGGUAUCGGAAUCCCAAGAAUCGGUCGUGGGAGAUGGUCUGAAACUCGCCAAGGAGAUCGCCUCGCAAUCGCCCGACGCCGUCAUCGUCAGCCGAGCUGGGCUUCGCGACGCUUGGGAGAAUGCGAGUGUCGAGAGAUCUGCCCAGCUGACCGAGGAACGGUGGUCUCAGAAGUUGUUUGAAGGAGAGAACUUUCGCAUCGGGGUGGAGGCAUUUACAAACAAGAAGCAACCCGCCUGGGUGCCGUCCAAGUUGUAG